GGUGGCCUGGGUCUGUGGAGGGUGAGGUGAAGAGUUCCUGGGCCAGGGUUCUUGCACAAGCAGGUGCGGAGUGAGUGUGCAUGGUCAUUUCAGACGGAGUCCUGCUUUCUGGCGUCGGGGUGGCCCCACACCCCCACUCCCACAGGGUCCUGGCAGGGGAGACCACAUUCCAGCAGGAGCGGCUGCAGGCCAUUGCAGAGAAACGGAAGAAGCAGGCAGAGAUUGAGAACAAGCGGCGGCAGCUGGAGGACGACAGGCGGCAGCUGCAGCAUCUGAAGUCCAAGGCGUUGCGGGAACGAUGGCUGCUGGAGGGGACUCCGUCCUCAGCCUCAGAGGGGGACAAAGACAUGAGGAGGCAGAUGCAGGAGGAUGAGCAGAAGGCCCGGCACCUGGAGGAAUCCAUCUCCAGGCUGGAGCAGGAGAUCGAGGUGCUGGAGAACGCAGACGCACGGCCAGCCGUCGCCAAGGAGAACGUGGCAGCCCCCAGCCCGGCCAAACAGACCCAGAAGGCAGAAGUGGUACUGAAUUCUCAGCAGACCCCAGUGGGCACACCCAAAGCGAAGCCAGCCUCCAACACCCCCGUGAGGACGGUGGAAGGCUCCCCCAUGAUGAGGGCAGCCAUGUACUCGGUUGAGAUCACGGUGGAGAAGGACAAGGUGACAGGGGAGACCCGGGUGCUGUCCAGCACCACCUUGCUCCCUCGGGAGCCGCUCCUUCAGGGCGUCAAGGUCUACGAGGACGAGACCAAAGUGGUCCAUGCCGUGGACGGCACCGCGGUGAACGGGAUCCAGCCACUGAGCUCCUCCGAGGUGGACGAUCUCAUCCACAAGGCAGAUGAAGUCACGCUGAGCGAGGCAGGGCCCGUGGCUGGGGCAGCGGAGACCGGGGGGACGUCCGAGGAGGCCGCCCGGACCACCACACCCUCCAGGCAGGAGAUCACGGGAGUCCAGGCGCAGCCCGGCGAGCAGAAUGUGGAGGAUGAGGCAGAAAGCCAGAAAGUGCUGGGGCUGCAGGACACCAUCACGGCGGAGCUGGUGGUCAUCGGGGACGAGGCCGAGCCCAAGGAGGCCGCCCCACCCAACGGCAGUGCGGCCGAGCCCCCGACCACUUCAGGCUCCAGGGAGGAGAACCAGGUGGGGCCCGAGGCCCCUGCCAGCGACACCCAGGACCUUGACAUGAAGAAGCAGCGUUGUAAAUGCUGCUCCAUCAUGUGAGCCGCAGGCCCCAGACCCCGGUCCCGCCCUCCACACCACAGAGACCCACAGCCCGGCCCCGGGGCCUGCCCACCCUCCACCCACAGUCAUGGACCCCAGGACAUGCUAUGUUGUCACAUCUUCCUUCUGAGAACAGGAAAGAGAGGGUCAGGGGUCCCGUGCCCAUUCCCACCCCGACACACCCUAAACCACUGAGCUGUGUGCCUGGUAGGACAGAGACACGGACAGACCCACUUCUCCCAAAACGAGGAUCCCCCACGUGUCACGGCAGCUCCACAGACGGGCUUUUGCCCACAGAGUUCCUGGCUGGUGGGACCCAGGCCUCUGUGCCGCCCCAGGCAAGCCCGCUACCCUCCGGGCCUCCUGCCUGUGCCUUUCUGCCACCUCCGGUGAGGUCUCCGAGGGGACAUCGCAGAGAGGGACUGGAGAGCCAGGGGUCCUGGGCACCUUUUCUGUCCCCACUCAGCCCCUGGAAGUGGGAUUCCCUGGCAAAGGCACUGGUGUCGGGAUCUUGGGCAGUUGGGGUGAGGCUGUGCCUCAUUGGGGAUCCUCAGUCAGAGACCAGGCUCCUGUUCUUAGAAUAAAGCGGGGGCCCCUCUGGCACCCCAGCCCAAUGUGCCCUCCCCUUCAUGCUCUCCAUGGGCGUGACCAGUGCACGAUGGGGCCUAGGAAGGGGGAGCCCAGAGGACGCACACCCCACUCGGGGGAGUCUCUGACCCCUGUGCUGUCUUCUGGAUGGGGCCGGUGAGGGUCUUGGAGCUGCACCCUGCACAAGGCAGGGCCAUGUGAGCCACUUCUUGUCCUGAGCUCCCACCCUCACUGGGCCCUCCUUCCUCCUGGUGCUAAUUUGAGGACCCUGGGGGGCUGCCCCAGCCCAUUCUCCAGCCUACUUGGGCCAGAGUCCUGGGUCUCCCUAACCGUACCCCAGAGAUCAGGCCGACUGCCAGCUCUGCUAGGCUUGGCACAUUCUGGGCAGUGGAGGGGCCCACAGCCUGGGGCAGGGAGCGCCCCCUGGUUGCAGCAGGAGACCCCCAUUGGCUACCCAGCCCAGUGUGAGCCUCCCCCCACCUCGUUGGAAGGGGUGAGGGGUGACGGACUCUCCUCCUCUGGGUAGCUGACUCCCAGGUGUGCACACACCUCUCCCAGGUUGCAGCCACACUCAUCCUCAGAGGCACAUUCAUGCCCACGCUUACGCACCCUCUCCUGUGUAGGCUGUAGGAUGAGCAGGCCCCAUCUUGGGCUCCUCCCCUGGGCCCCCACUCCUGGUGCCCAGGCAGAGGCAGCCCCCUCACCACUGCCUCCGAGGAGCCACGCAAGGGCUGCCUGAAACCAGCCCGGCCUGUCUCAGCUCUGCCCCUUGGGGGUGGGGGGAGAGGCCCUCUCUGAGGCGGCCCCCAGCAGUGGCAUGGCCCCCCUCCCUUCUCGAGCCGCCAAGUCCUCGAGCCGAGAGCCUACGCUGAAGUGCCCUUGCUGCCCCCUCUGCUUUCGAUGUGUGACAGGCCCGUGUUCCUGACUUUCCCAGAGAAGCAAAUAAACCCCGUGAACGCCCUGGG